CGGGCGGAAGCCCCUCGCGCACUUCCGGCCGGCAAAGAUGGCGGCGGCGGCGGCGGCGGCGGCGCCGAGCCUCUCCACGCCGAGCGAGGGCGAGCCUCGCCUUAGCAAGAACGAACUGAAGCGGCGCCUGAAGGCCGAGAAGAAGGCGGCCGAGAAGGAGGCGAAGCAGCAGGAGCAGGGCGAGAAGAUCUCGUCGCGCCGGGCCGACGCCGCAGGCGCCGAGGAGGAGGAGGAGGACCUUGACCCCAACCAAUACUACAAGAUCCGUAGUCAGGCCAUUCAGCACCUGAAGGAUACUUGCGAUGAUCCCUACCCGCAUAAAUUUCACGUGGAUCUCUCCCUGACAGACUUUAUAGAGAAGUAUAGCUUUCUGCAAGCAGGGGAUCACCUAACCAACGUCACGGUGAGAGUGGCAGGUCGGGUCCAUGCAAAACGUGCCUCUGGAGGAAAAUUGAUCUUUUAUGAUCUUCGUGGGGAGGGAGUUAAAUUACAAGUGAUGGCAAACUCCAGAAACUACAAAUCUGAAGAAGAAUAUAUAUGCAUUAACAACAAGCUUCGCCGUGGAGAUAUCAUUGGGGUUCAGGGAAAUCCUGGAAAGACCAAGAAAGGGGAACUGAGUAUUAUUCCUUAUGAAAUUGUUCUGCUGUCACCAUGCCUACAUAUGCUCCCACAUCUUCAUUUUGGGCUCAAAGACAAGGAAACCAGAUUUAGGCAAAGAUACCUGGAUUUAAUUCUUAGAUUUGUGAGGCAAAAAUUCAUAAUUCGAGCAAAAAUCAUAACAUACCUUCACUUCCUAGAUGAAUUGGGCUUCUUGGAGAUUGAAACACCCAUGAUGAAUAUCAUACCUGGUGGGGCAGUGGCCAAGCCUUUCAUCACCCACCACAAUGAGUUGGACAUGAACCUGUUCCUAAGAAUAGCACCAGAGCUCUACCAUAAGAUGCUGGUGGUUGGUGGAAUGGACCGGGUCUAUGAAAUUGGACGUCAAUUCAGGAAUGAAGGAAUUGAUUUAACCCACAACCCAGAAUUCACUACUUGUGAAUUUUAUAUGGCGUAUGCGGAUUACCAUGAUCUGAUGGAGAUCACAGAACAAAUGAUUUCAGGAAUGGUGAAACAUAUCAGUGGUGGAUACAAGGUGAUUUACAAUCCUGAAGGUCCAGAAGGCCAGGCUUAUGAAAUAGAUUUCACACCACCAUUCCGGAAAAUUAAUAUGGUGGAUGAAUUGGAGAGAAGCACUGGGAGUGAGCUGCCUGCGGCAGAUCAAUUGAGACAGAAGUCUCGUUCAUUUUUUGAUGCUAUCUGUGAAGAGCGAGGUGUUGAAUGCCCAUCCCCUCGGACAACAGCCAGGCUCCUAGAUAAGCUGGUUGGAGAAUAUUUAGAAGUCACCUGUAUCAAUCCCACCUUCAUUUGUGAUCACCCACAGAUCAUGAGUCCUCUAGCCAAAUGGCACCGUUUCCGACCUGGGUUGACUGAACGGUUUGAGCUCUUUGUGAUGAAGAAGGAAAUCUGCAAUGCCUACACAGAACUGAAUGAUCCGUUUCGGCAACGGCAGCUUUUUGAAGAUCAAGCUAAGGCAAAAGCUGCUGGUGAUGAUGAGGCAAUGUUUAUUGAUGAGAACUUCUGCAUGGCUCUGGAGUAUGGGUUGCCUCCCACAGCUGGUUGGGGCAUGGGCAUUGACCGGCUUACCAUGUUCCUGACUGAUUCAAACAAUAUUAAGGAAGUGCUGCUGUUUCCCGCCAUGAAGCCUGAAGACAAGAAGAAGGAUCCAUUGUCAGAUUCUAGUGAGGGGACUUCAGUGUGACACAGCAGCUUGUACAAGAAGCAUGGAGGACAGGAAAAGUCGUUUCUAGAUUUCAACAGGCCUGGGCCACUUUUUUCUCUCCAGCCAUAAAUAAAUGAAGUCUUUAAUUUUA